AUGGAUCCGGACUGGACACGAGUCCAAAACACUCCACCUUCGGUGCGGGAGUCCGUCGGCGAGCAAUGUUCAACUUGGGAUGGCUCCUGCCGGAUUGAUGCAAACGAUGCGGACAAGUCGGCACUCACCCCCAUGCAUCCGACGCAAGACGCCAUCGACCUCUUCCGACGGUGGAAGAAAGAGCGCAAGCCAGGUGUCCGUUACUUCUGGGAUGGUGAGGAUUCCGAGUUUGCCACGCACUCACCAUUCCCGAACAUCAAGCUAUGUGAGCGUUCAGUGCUCGAAUUCAAGGAACUUUGGGACACCAACUUGGAGGGCGAGCUGGAAGCCCUUUACGACAGCCAGCCAGAGUUGGUGCAGAGACUUGAAGGCACUUGGCUGGUAGUGAGCGAGACCUGCGGAAUUUGGAGGACAAAAGCUGAAGUUCAAAUCAAGGACAAGGAUCCAAGCAAGCUUUGGGGCCAAAACACCCGGAAGCUCCAGCGGCCGUACGAACUCAUUUACACCAAGCGAUCUGCGGAGGAGAAAGGCAAAGUCAUCAUCGAUGGUCCUCAAGAGCUUAUGCAGAUUCUGCUGGGUGUGGCGGACAUGUGCGAGUGUGAUAUCGACGAUCGGAACAUCAUGCCCUUGUAUGAUGUCCGCGGUUCCUUGGAGCUCUCAGCCAAGGUGGACGAUGCCAAAGCCAAGUUGCGAGCACAACUGGAGGAAGCCCGAAAGCUGGCUGAGGACCGGUGGAAAGAGCUGGAGGAGAAGCAAGUGGAGAACGCCAGGCUGUCGGAAGAGCUCCAAAGACAGACAGUGCUGCUGCACCAGAAUGCUGAAGCCAAGAGCCACCUGGACGAGGAACGGUUGAGGCAGGCGUCUCAGGUGCGCCUGGAGCAGCAGCAGCUUGAGGAGCUCCAGCGGCAGACGCAACGCCAAGAGCAGGAGAAGGCGGAUCUGCAGAAGGAGCUGGCUGAAGCCAAGAAGGAGGUGGAAGCUCAGAGUAAACUCCUGGAGGAGAAUGCUCGACUGGCACAGAAGAUGGCCAGUGAUGUAGAGGCUGCACGUGCAGAGGCUGAGCUGCAGAAGGAGGACGCCCAGACAGCGAAAGAGGCGGAGCACCGGCAAAUGGAGCUGAAAGAGGUGGCCGAGCAGCAACUCAAGGAGCUCCAAGAGAUGCUUUCGGCGGAGCGGCAAAAGCGGGAGGAGGCGCAGCAAGAGGAGGGCAGAAAGCUGGCGGCUGCAAUGGAGGCUUCAGAGAGCCUGCAGGCGAAGUUGAGUGCAAGCGAGAAGGCUCAAGAAGAGGCACUUCAAAAGGUACAUCAGCUGGAAGAGGAAAGGAUAAAGCUCCAGAAAGACCUAGAGGACGCCACGGCGCGCGCAGCACAUGCGGCGAGCGCGCCGAGUCCGGAGGGCGCGGGCAGCGCGGAGAGGCCCAGUCCGGAGGGCGCGGCUGCCCUUUCCUCAGGUUCGGCCAAUCUGGCGGACUUGCUUUACGAAGCCACCAGUCGUCGCGAGGAGGCCGUGAGGGAGCGACAUUUGCGUGAGCAGUACCAAGAGGCCUUGGAUAAGGUGGCAAAGGACUUCCGGGAACACCAACCUGUGCUGAUCAGUCAGCGUCAGGAAGCACAGAGACUGAAGACUCUGACGGUGAAGCUGACUCAGCAAAACGAGGGACUGCUGGAACGCGCUCAGCAGCUUCAACGCCGGAGCGAAGAGGCCGAGGCUGGUGUCAAGAAGGCAGCUGAGUCUCAGAAGAUCUUGGAAAACUAUGUCCGGGAGGUGGCGGACCAGCUGACGGUGUUGCUGCACGAGAAUCGCAUGCUCACUGGCGCGAUCCCUGCGAAAGCCACGGACCCUCAGGGCUGCGAAGCGCAGAAGCGGUCGUUCCGCACCAUCCAGGAGUUGGUGGACCAGAACCUCUCGUUGCGGCGCUCCAUCGCGCAGGGAGCGAGCCAAGAAGGCGAGCAGAGAGAGCUUCAAGUCCUGCGCGAGCAGAACCACCAGCUGGAGGAGAACGCCCCGGCGGAAGCUCGGUACGCCAUCGACUCCAUCGGCCGCCGGAAGGAUACCCAGUUGACAGAGCAAGAAACCAGAUCCCGCUUGGUGGUGCUGCAGCGUCGGUCCACAGAAGAGUCCUGGGGCCUCAAGAUCAGCACUUCAGAGGAUGGUUUGUUCAUCCAGGAACUGCAGGAUUCACCAUCCUUGGCAAAAUGGCACCAGGAGCACCCAGCACCCAGGUGUCAGAUACAGCCGGCACUGGCCAUUUUGGAGGUCAACGGCAAGGAAGACAGCGAAGAGAUCUUUGACCAGUUUCGCACGGCCACUCUGGUGGAGAUGACCCUCUCUUCAGUGAUGACUCUAUCGCAACAGCAAAACUUUGCGAUCGCAGCUAAGAGGGACAGAAAAGAGAAAGAAUUGGCUGCAGUCGGUGAGUUGCUCCAUGCGGUGGAUGGAGCGACAGCAGGCCAAUGCUCCAUUUGUUUGGAUGAGAUGCAGCAGGAUUCCAAGGUGGUUCAGCUAAGCUGUGGUCAUGUUUUUCACAAGGCAUGUGUCAAAAAGUGGCUACUGACCAAGAGGAUGACAUGCCCUUUGUGCAAACAAACCCCUGUGGCUGAGAAGGCCAGAGGUUGCUCACAUUUUUCUUGA